CAAGAAGUGAGCAAAGCUUAGAUCCUCUCCUGGUAACUUGAUCAGACUUCGACAGUAACAUUUUCGUCAACCUCACUGUUCCCCUAAACACUCGCCACGUGUCUUUUACUGGGCUCCACUUCAAAUAUCUUCUUCGCGUUCCCUAUCUCUGCUUUUUAGUUUUGCUUUUCUACCCUGCUUUUCUCGCACACUCAAUUCUUUGGUUUCAAUUUAUCUUCCACUGAAGAGGUUGGUUUGAUUUAGGCUAAAUCCUAUUAGUUUCAUUAACCUAAAAAUUCGACUCUAGCUAUGAAAGUUGGCAAGGGAAAGGAGACAGCAAAGAAGGACAGAAAGGAAGUACUAAAGCCUGUAGAGGACAGGAAGUUGGGAAAGCGAAGCGCGGCAUUAAAGCCUAAUAAGAAUAGCAAGAAAGUAACCAAGAAAGAUAAACCUGCGAAGAAAGAUCCUAACAGGCCAAAAAGGCCUCCUAGUGCUUUCUUUGUCUUUCUAGAAGAUUUCAGAAAAGUUUACAAGCAAGAGCAUCCCAAUGUCAAGGCUGUCUCAGCUGUCGGGAAAGCUGGAGGAGAGAAGUGGAAAUCAAUGUCUAAUGCAGAAAAAUCUCCUUUUGAAGCCAAAGCUGCAAAAAGGAAAUCAGAUUAUGAAAAGCUAAUGACAGCCUACAACAAGAAACAGGAGAGUGGUGAUGAUCAAGAUGAUGGUGAUGAAGAGUCUGAUGGAUCCAAAAUCGAAGCGAGUCGUGAUGACGAGGAGAGCGCAGAGGAGGAUGAAGAAGAUGAGGAUGAUGACUGAAAUGUAUGCUUCUAUGGUUGAUCCAGGCCAAAAUUCUGGACUUUGUGUAAGAUCAAAAUGUUUGGAUUACAUCAUGUAUGUGGUUGCUAAUUAAUUUUCUGAAAUGGGCAAUAGCUAUUGCAGCUCUUAGUGCUGCUAACAAGUCAUGUAAGGCUACUUUAGGCUUCAUUGUGCAUAUACUCUUAAACCGUAUAUUAUCAGUUGAAUUUGUCUCGAGCACAUUAUGCAUCA